UCUGACCGUCACUUUGUGUCGAAGGAUCAGAGCCGUGAUGGCAGUGACGGUUUAUUGGAUUCUCUUUCCCGCCAUUUUGACAUCUUUCUUUACUCUCUCGUCGCCGAAUCAGCCGGACUUCGACCGCUUUCUCGGCGAAUUGGAGGAGGAGAAGCUCACAAACGCUUGCGCUAGUAACUUCUCGUCAAAUUCUUUCGAACUAUUCACUUAUUCAAGAGUAGAAGAAAGCUAAUAAUGCAGAAAUUUGAGGAGUUUUGGAGUUUAAUCGUCCUCCUUGUGUCGAAUUUGUGCGUCUUAUUGUACUUUAGUGUAAAUCUUGAGAUCUUGCUGCAUCUGAGAAUGGAUGCAGAUUCUGCUCUUAAGGAAAGCAUUCAGAAGCUACAAGCUAAAUGGAGCCUUUAUCUCAAGGAACGAGAGGAGUGGAUUCAGGACAUGGUUGAUAAGAUUCAGUACCUGCAGUCUGCUCUAUCAAUCUUAAGGAUGACUCACCACAUGCUGAUGAAAGGCUCAAGAUGCUAGAAGAAGAGGUUGCUUAAGUUACAUAUGGCACAUGAUUUCCUGUUCCAGAUUUGCACUUUACUCCUAUAUGCUUUGUUUCCAUUAGAUGUUCGGAGUGGUUUGGAAUUUUCUGUUUGUGCUACAAAGUUUGACUAAAUUGAGCAGUAGGCUUCAUGAUGCCUAGGUACGACUCCUUUGGGCUGCUUCCAGAAAGAACAACUUUGAUCUUCAUGCUUUAGAAGCUCAAGCACCAUCUGCUGAAGACCAACUAGCUCUUGUUACUUCACGAGCCAAAAAGAUGGUUGAAAUUGUUACAGAACAGUGGUUCCAGAUUCAACAUCUUGAGCAGGCACUUGAAAUUGCCAAGAUUAGAGCAUUAGAAGUACAAAGGCAAAGUUCUAUGUGAUACACAUUCUUGAAGUUCAUCAAUGAUCUUUCUGAGGUCCAUCUUCCAAGGUUCCCUGGGCAAUUUGGGAGUGGAUUUAACCUGGCUUCAUUCAUCUCUCAAACUCUGGAACAGUUUAAAAGUUUUUUCUCAUCCACUAAGAAGUAUCACCAUGAGUUUCAAGCUUUCAUAAAAAAGGAAAUGGUAAAAAAUGAGUUUACUGCUGCUCUUGCAAAUGAAGAACUGGUUUUCUAUUUGGCUUCCGCUUUACUUAUCUUCCCACUAUUGAGCGCUUGGAUGUUGCUGUCAUCACUGCACAGUUAGGUGGAGAAGAUUUUCCUUCUUGAAGCAUAGCUGCUUACUCUGUUGAACACUCACCCCAUGACUCCCCUUGUCCAUUGAUUUUACAACCAUGUAAAUGUUUGCCUGAGGGUUUAGUAGGCCGCGUUCUAGGGCACAGAUCUAUAGAAUUUUAAUGCAACUGGUUUUUGCCCUUGACAUUCGUUAGGUUCUUGAUGAGUUGAUGGAAUAGGAUUCCAUAUUUUUAGACUCUGAUCAUUACAUUUUGUGUAUGAAAGGUAAACUUAGAUCUAUUGAAGUGUUCUG